UGUACAGCUGUGCGCAUGCGCAGUGCGUGGUGCUAGCUCCGACCACGUAGCGAGUAUCAGCGGCUGUAAAGCCUCAGGGUUUUGUUCAGAGAAAUAGCUGUAGUAAAAACAAUUCACGGCCUCCGAGUUGUAACUAUAAAGGGCCGUUAAAAAUGGCAAGGUACCUGAGGCCGCCUAACACAUCUCUGUUCGUUAGAAACAUCGCCGACGACUCCAGGCCAGAGGAUUUACGACGUGAGUUUGGUCGUUAUGGGCCUAUUGUAGAUGUCUACAUUCCACUUGACUUCUAUACACGGCGGGCAAGAGGAUUUGCUUACAUUCAGUUUGAAGAUGUCCGGGAUGCAGAGGACGCUCUUCACAACCUGGACCAUAAAUGGGUCUGUGGCCGUCAGAUCGAGAUCCAGUUCGCCCAGGGGGACAGAAAGACCCCUAACCAGAUGAAAACCAAGGAGCGCCAUUCCCCUCGCAGUUUCUCCCGCCACGAUGAUAAUCGAGAUAGCCGCCGAAGACGAUCCCGAAGCCGCAGUUAUGAUCGACGCCGGUCCCGGAGCCCCUCCUACGAGCACCGUCCCCGGAGGUCUGAGAGCCCCAGAGAAUCUCGGUCCUACACUCGACACAGACGGAGCAGAAGCAAUGAAAAUGACAGGUACAGAGGUCCUCCUCGUGACCACCACAGGCCCAACCGUGAACCGGGCUCACGGAGCCGAUCCGCAUCCCACUCCCCUUCCCCUCCCAGACCCAAAGGUAAUAAGAAGAGCCAGUCCAGGUCCCACAGCCCGGCCGAAGACUUCCACCCAGCCUCCAGCGCCCAGAAACGGCCCGUGGGACGAUCUCCGUCCCGCUCCUGCUCUCGAUCCGUGUCCCGCUCACGCUCCCGGUCCAGGUCCUGGGCCGGACGCAAGUCUGGAGGCCACUGACUGUCUGUUCCUCUGAAGCUGUGUUAAUCUCUCUGAGGAUGUUUGUGUUCAGCUACGAUAACUUCAGUGUUCUGACCUAUGUUUGUAUUUGUUUAUCAUCACAUUAUUGAUCUCUCUGUCGCCAAAGGAGGGAAGAGAGCAGCUAGAUAGUCGAGAUAUUUCUUUUAGUUAAAAAGAUUUGUUCUGAAGUGAUUCAUGAAAGUCAAUCAAUAGUCUUUUUAGGACUUGUGUAAUGUGGGAAUCCGAUGGUGGGGAAAUGUUACAGUUCGGCGUUGCCAAUAUUUUUGUACUUUCAAUUAGCAAUAUUUACGUCCAUACAUUUAAUACGCCUGUCUGUUUGGCUCUAUUGUUUAUGUACUAUGGAAACAAAUAAAUGCUACGCUCUCCCUGCUAUUAUACAGCAGGCAAACUGUA